AUGGGUUUCACACCUAUAAUCAUUGGAGUUGGGGAUGUCAGGAAUAAGGCCGCACAAGAUUCCGUUGAGCCUGUAGACCUGAUGCUCGAGGCAAUUAAGCUGUCAUUAAUUGACUGCAAUCUAUCGCCUAUAAACUCGCAAAGACUCCAGUCGGAUAUUGACAGCAUUGACGUCGUUGCAUGUUCAACAUGGCCAUAUCAUGAUCUGCCUGGCCUAGUGUCAGAGAGACUUGGUGUUGAUGCUAAACACAAGCAUUACACCCCCACCAUGGGCAACCAGCCGGUGAAGUUGCUCAAUGACAUGGCACGGCGCAUUGUCACAGGCGAGAGUAAAGUGGCAUUGAUGACUGGGGGCGAAACUCUAGCUUCACCUUGA